CUCCUAAAUAUUUAACCUUUCUGUGUGUUGACGUUUACGACCAACCCUAAGUCUGUUAUCUGUCUUAAGGAAUGGGAAGUCUCAGCUAUUGUUGACAUUACCAGUUUUAUGACCGGUCAACUCUCGGUCACAGAGCCUAAGAGUCAGGAACACUACUAUGAUGCAGGUGGUGGAUCUGUCUACUUGGCAUGGAGGAUAAAGACGGUUCAGCGCAACACUGCAGUUCAGUCCCGGAGGAGCUACCCCAGCACUACCUAUCAAGAUGGUCCAAAGAGCAAGAGGGAUUUUCUCUUGACUUGUGAGCAACUGACUGGCGAGGAAUGCAGAGAGGCAAUAUCCUUCAUGAAGCAUUCAGCUGACGAAUCAGUUGUCAAAGAGAUGAUGAAGACAACAUUUCAGUGUCGGCAAGCAAUGACUCGGGACCAGCAAGCCUCUUCAACAGUCCUGGAUGUGUUUCCUCGUUUCCUCGACGUCCUUGGCGUGGUUGACCAAGAUUUCACAAUGAUGCUUGGAGAAGAGAUUUCAGGAAAAAUGUUGUCGAGAUGGCCCACUUUCUUCAAACCUAGGACCUUGGCAGACUGCAAGAACCUACACUCUAAUGUUCAUGUUGAUGACCAUUGUCUGCACAACAAAACUCAAAUGAGUCAGGCAAGUAGUUUCUCUUUCAGAUUUUGUUUACUGAAAAUCUUGAGACCUUUCAAUGUUAUCGGUUGCAUAACCUUGAUUUAAGACUAUUUUCAGCUUUAAAUGACUGACUGUUAUAUUUGCAUCUUUUUUGCCCC